UCCUAUCUAAGUUGUACUCCUACACAAACAUAAACACACAAUUUCGCCUUUGUCUCUCUUUCUCCUUUCUAUUUCUCCUAUAGCUAUUUUCUUCUUUCUUUCUUUCUUUUUCUAAUGGAUGUGCUCGUGCCAGUGUAUGCAUUCUUGAUCUUGUAUCCCCUAUUCUUGCUGUGGAGGUGGGUCGAUGCCAAAAGAGACCAAGAAUGUUACAUACUAGACUAUGAGUGCUACAAACCAAGCGAUGAUAGAAAACUUGACACUGAGUUUUGUGGGGAGGUGAUUAAGAGGAACAGGCAUCUUGGUCUCCAUGAGUACAAGUUUCUCCUGAAAGCCAUUGUGAACUCCGGUAUUGGAGAACAUACCUACGGUCCGAGGAUGGUGUUCGACGGCCGAGAAGAAAACCCUACCUAUGAAGAUGGAAUCUUGGAGAUGGAAGAGUUCUUUAAAGAUAGCAUUGAAAAGGUGUUGACCAGGUCUGGCGUCUCUCCUCAAGAAAUCGAUGUUCUUGUGGUUAAUGUGUCGAUGCUUGCUGGGAUGCCGUCAGUAUCAGCUAGAAUCAUAAAUCACUACAAAUUGAGGGAUGAUAUUAAGGUAUAUAACAUCACUGGAAUGGGUUGUAGUGCCAGCGUUAUAUCUAUCGACAUUGUUCAAAAUAUUUUCAAAACUCAAAAGAAUUUAUAUGCGCUUGUCAUCACCUCAGAGUCUUUGAGUGCCAAUUGGUACUCUGGGAAUGAAAGAUCGAUGAUUCUUGCAAAUUGUUUGUUCCGUGUUGGUGGGAGUGCAAUUCUUUUGACCAACAAAAGGGCAUUAAAGCACCGAACCAUGUUCAAACUGAAGUGUCUAUUGAGGACGCACCACGGGGCUAGAGAUGAAUCUUAUUAUUGUUGCGUCCAAAAAGAGGACGAUCGAGGUCACGUUGGGUUUCACCUAGACAAGACUCUCCCAAUGGCAGCUACAAGAGCUUUGGUGGACAACCUUAGGGAAAUAUCCCCUAGGAUCUUGCCCAUAAGAGAAUUAGUCAGAUUCAUGAUAGUUUCCUUCUUCAAAAAAUGGAGUCAGAGUUCCGGCAGCAAAGGAGGAGGAGGAGGGACUACUAAUAGAGCAUUGAUCAACUUCAAGACUGGAGUUGAUCACUUCUGCAUCCACACUGGUGGGAAAGCUGUAAUAGAUGGAAUUGGAGUGAAUCUUGAUCUAUCUGAGUAUGAUUUGGAACCAGCAAGAAUGACUCUACAUAGGUUUGGGAACACAUCAGCUAGCAGUCUUUGGUAUGUGCUGGGGUACAUGGAAGCCAAGAAGAGGUUAAAUAAAGGAGAUAGAAUUUUGAUGUUGAGUUUUGGUGCUGGCUUUAAAUGCAAUAGCUGUUUGUGGGAGGUGAUGAGAGACUUGGGAGAUGGUAAUGUCUGGAGGGAUUGCAUUGAUGACUACCCUCCUAAGACAUUAGCUAACCCAUUCAUGGAGAAAUAUGGAUGGAUAAAUGAUGAAGAUCCGAAUACUUUUGUUGUUCCUCGUUAAGGGAAGAACAAGGUGAUCAGGAUUAAAGCCACACAGUAAAUCCCAGUAGUCCGUCGGCUCUUCCGAAUCCUGAGAUGGGAUAUCUUAACUUUUUUAUUAAAAAAAAAAAAUUUCAUUUCUUAUCAGAUAAUCUUAUUAUUAAUAAUUUGUUCACUAUUUUACAAGUUGCUGUUAUUAUUAUUAUUGUGGAUUUCUUAACCCAAUAACGUAUAUGCAGUUUCCAAUAUGAUGAGAAGUUUGCUGUCCUUUUGGAGGGCUGUAAUUUUCUUUUA